AUGCCCAGCUCACCCACCCAUGGGCCAUCCCCAGCUCACCCACCCACGGGCCAUCCCCAGCCCCCCACCCACGGGCCAUCCCCAGCUCCCCCCCCCACGGGCCAUCCCCAGCCCCCCCCCCACGGGCCAUCCCCAGCCCACCCACCCAGGGGCCAUCCCCAGCUCCCCCACCCACGGGCCAUCCCCAGCCCACCCACCCAGGGGCCAUCCCCAGCUCCCCCACCCACGGGCCAUCCCCAGCUCCCCCACCCACGGGCCAUCCCCAGCCCCCCACCCACGGGCCAUCCCCAGCCCCCCACCCAUGGGUCAUCCCCAGCCCCCCCACCCAUGGGCCAUCCCCAGCUCACCCACCCAUGGGCCAUCCCCAGCCACCCACCCAUGGGCCAUCCCCAGCCACCCACCCAUGGGCCAUCCCCAGCUACCCCACCCAUGGGCCAUCCCCAGCCCCCCACCCAUGGGCCAUCCCCAGCCCCCCCCCGCCCCGCCAUGGGCCAUCCCCAGCUCACCCACCCAUGGGCCAUCCCCAGCUCACCCACCCAUGGGCCAUCCCCAGCCACCCACCCAUGGGCCAUCCCCAGCCACCCACCCACGGGCCAUCCCCAGCUCACCCACCCACGGGCCAUCCCCAGCCACCCACCCACGGGCCAUCCCCAGCUCACCCACCCACGGGCCAUCCCCAGCCCCCCCACCCACGGGCCAUCCCCAGCUCACCCACCCACGGGCCAUCCCCAGCCCCCCACCCAUGGGCCAUCCCCAGCCCCCCCACCCAUGGGCCAUCCCCAGCUCCCCCACCCAUGGGCCAUCCCCAGCCCCCCACCCAUGGGCCAUCCCCAGCCCCCACCCAUGGGCCAUCCCCAGCUCACCCACCCAUGGGCCAUCCCCAGCCUCCCACCCAUGGGCCAUCCCCAGCUCCAGACACUCUGGGCUGUGCAGCCAUUUGCACUGGGACCUGACCUGGCUGACAACCACCACAUGAGGCAGGACCUGGGAACCAACUGGGCUAGGCGCCAGCUUCAGUGA